UAUGUUUAUGCUGGCCCCAAGCCUUAACCAACCCAAGAGUUCUACUGUCCCAGCUAAUUUGAGUCAGAACAACUCGAAUACAAGCCAUGAAACAAGAAGGAUGAAUACAACCCACUGCAAAAGCCUUUUUGUCACCCUGAUCUUUGGAACUUCAUUGUCAACUGCCAUUACAAUACAGGUUGCUAUGAUGAUCACAGAUUGGCAGGAUGAGGUUGGCAUGAUCAUAUAAGUUAAUAAUUUAUUCCCACCUACCUUAUCUAAAGAUCAAACUUCAAAGUUAAUAAGAUUGUCCAUUUUCAGUGUUCUGAAGCUGGCACGUUGAAGAAAGCCACAAAGCCAAGAACACACUCUUAGCUUUCAAAACUGUCAUAAAACCAGCAAUACUAGAAAACAAGAUUUCAGUGCACCAUUGAAGAAAAUGUUGUAGUUCUGAAAACCACACAAGGAAGAGGGAGACUGAAGAAGGGAAAGGGCUGUGGAAUAUUCCAACUAAAAUUUUAAAAAAAUCUAUAAAACCGAUUUUAAUUGUGAUUUUAGAAGGAAAACCAGCUAUUAUAGGAAGACAGAAGAACUCUAAAUGAAGUGUAUAUUGUAUGAUCCUAGUACCUGUGGAAAACCAAAGUCAUGUUUUGUCAUAUUGAGCAACUCCCAUCAUUUUAGGCCUCAAUUUUCUACGAAAUACAGCAGAAGCUGUACUACAACCACUGCCAGAAAGAACCUUUCUGCAAAGACUGUAAAGAGAGUUUUGUUAUGUAACAACAGCUUGGAUGAACUAUAACUUGACACUGGGUAUUUUUGUUUAAGUAUAUAUACUACACAGAAAACAUAAGAAUGACAGUGAUAACUACAAUGGUCAAGAUACACACCUGCACACUAAAAACAGAUAAUCUUACCCUUAGAAUGAACUUUGUCCAUUUUAUGAGCUGGCUGAAGGGUAAAGAUGGGCAUGCAUGAUUGGCACAGCACAGGGCAUGGGCUAAAACACUUUUUGAGUUAUUCAAGUGAUCAAAAACUGCAUGAAAUUGUGGAAAAAAACUUCAUGUGGAAACUACACACAGAGACCUAACUGUUACUGUGAAAUGCACAUUGUGAGAUACUUCCCUCAUCACCAUUCGGAGCAAACAGCCUGAACACCUUCCAUCUGGCUGGUUUCUCCACUGAAUGUGUUAUACUGAAGAAAAUUUGUAGAAGCUGCUGAGAAUUUAAACUAAAUAUAUUAAAAAGUGAUCACAUGACUAGGCACUACCAUCCCAAUUUUCACAGCUCAGUGUUAGACAGGGAGCAAGAGGAGAGUUUUCUGAAACAACCUGCAGACAUUCAGUAAAUCCUCUGCCCCACACUUGUUAUGUUGAGCAGAACAGACCCCAACCAAAUCAUAAUGGAAAAAGUAGAGAUUUGUGUUUGUUUUGUUGGGUAAAUAAUAUCACCUCCAGUUGCAUAAAGACUCUUCCACAAGCUGAAGAUGCAACCAGGAUACGAAUGUCAAGAAAUGCUGUUAGUUUAAUUAUUACUUUCACUAGACACCUGAUUUUUUACUGCACUUGGUGGAUAGAAUAAAUAGAUUAGCAAUUUGUAAUUGAGAUGAGCAAUAAAGAUACUGUCACAAUCUGGGGGCAGAUUGAGCAAACAGUGUGGUCAGGACUAGGAAUUUGAUCAAACUACAGGAAACUUCUCCUUGAAGAGGUCAGUGCAUCUGUUGAGCUUCACUCAGCCACAUCAUCCUGUAAAUUGCUCUUAAGAUAAGGCAGUACAUAAAUUCCCUUUGCAAAGACUUGUCCCUGCAGAGCAGCCCUCCUGCAGGAACAGCCAUGGCAUUCGACGGGACUUGGAAAAUCGACAGAAACGAGAACUAUGAGAAGUUCAUGGAGGCAAUGGGUAUUGGCAUGAUGAAAAGAAAGCUGGGAGCCCAUGAUAAUCUGAAGAUCACCAUCCAACAAGAUGGGAACAAAUUUACCGUCAAAGAAGCCAGCAACUUCCGAAACAUAGAGAUUGAAUUCACUCUGGGAGUGAACUUUGAGUACAGCCUGGCUGAUGGGACUGAACUUUCCGGUGCUUGGAACCUUGAAGGAAAUAAACUUGUGGGCACAUUCACCAGAAAAGACAACGGAAAAGUACUUAAAGCAUACAGAGAAAUCGUGGGUGACGAACUCGUUCAGACCUACGUGUAUGAAGGAGUUGAGUCCAAGAGAUUCUUCAAAAGGGGCUAAGCACUUCACACAGAACUGCACCAGAAUGAAGAAACAAUAAGAGACCAUUUUCUACACAUCCUCUGUGUGUUGUUUUCCCCUUCCAUCCCCUCACAGCACCUCCCGAGCUGCAGUUUACCUGAUGAAAAUAUGGGCUCAUUUUUUAUGUUACUGUUUUGUCUUGAAUAAACAAACUCCAACUAACAAA